AUGGAUCUUCAUAUGGAUAAGGAGGGUAAAAGCAAGGGAGUUUGUAUUCUGCAGUUUUCGCAUCCCAUUGAAGCUGUGCAAGCGAUAUCUAUGUUCCAUGGACAGAAACUGUAUGAUCGUAAUCUCGUGGUGAAAAUGGAUAGAUAUGAAAAGAAUGAACCCGCCCGCGAAGGAGGCCUUCCCCGAGGUCUUGAGAGCAUUGGGGCUGGUUUAGGGGCUAAUGGAGCGCCACUGACAGAUAUUGCUUCUGUGGUUGCCAGCAUGCGCGGCGAAUCCUUGAACACUCCUGCUCCUGUAGCACCACUGACUCAGUCCAGUCAAAUUUCCUUCGGUUUGGGUGCUGGAGCUCUGUCAUCUGCGCCAGCGUUUGGAUCCAAUCCGUACUCUGCCACGCCGCACAUCUCAAACGGUCAAAACUUCUCGUCUCUAGGUACUGGGCUAAACACAAUUUCAUCAAGUUUUAGUGGGUUCGAUCCUAGAAGAGAGGAAACAUUUGCGGGUAGUGAUUCGAGGAGGGAUGAUUCUCAAUAUGGCCUCGGCCUCAAUGUCAGCAGAGUAGUGGCCAUCAAGAAUUUACCGCUGGAUUAUACUUGGCAGAUAGUUCGUGACCGAGUGCAGCAGUUUGGCGAGACAGAGUCAGUUGAUAUGAUAGCACCUGGUGUUGCACGUGUUCGCUUUGCUCUCAUUCAGGAUGCUGAGCGUAUGCGUGGAGCACUCACUGGAACGAGUGUUGAAGGUCGCACCAUCUCUGUGGAGUAUAUUCACUGAGAUUGACAAAAGAUUGUUGAACACCUUUCACAAAUAGUUUGCGCAUAGUGUUAUCAGCAUCUUCAAAAUUAUUUUAAUAAUGCAGUGCUGAUUUAUGCGACGCAUCUUACAAAGAUAAUUUGAUUUAAUGUUGUGUGGCGCAUGUUAUUGUUCCACAGCAAAUUUGUUGAGUCUCUGUUGCGUUAUGUACUCAGCAAUUUUCUGUUUGUCUUAUCAGUUUUGGGGAGUUCUUGAACAUCUCUUGCAAAGAAAGGUAUUCGCAGGUAUCCAUAUAUCAUCGGUCUUGUUUGUGGUCUCAACCUAUACAAAAUAAAUAUUGUUUCUCAG